GCGGUGAUUUUAGAUCGGCUUCUUAAAAGUGUGUUUAUCUCGUAAAAAGUUAAGAAUUUUUGGAAAUUUUAGUUUUAUGUAACCGAUACGAUGGACGUCUGUCGAACGUGCAUGAAUAAACGCGGAAGUGAGCUGGUUGGAGACGAUUUUCACUCGAUUUUUUCUCUGGUAGAGGAGGAGAAUGUGUACAUUGCUGAUUGCCUGGCACAGUGGGUUGGGCAAACGAUCGAUGAAAAUGAUGGUAUGCCUUCGGAAGUUUGCCAACCCUGUCUGGAAGCAAUCAAAUCCAUUGCAGUUUUCAUUGACAAUGCCAAAGAAUGUGAUAGCAAGUUGCGAAUUUGGCUGGUUCCUGACAAAUCGCAGGAUGAAAUGCUAGCAUGUGCUGAUAUGGAUAUCAAAAUUGAACCAGAAGAAAUCUCUACCGAUGUACUCUCAGAACGAGCUUCUGACGAAGAACAGUCAACAAAACAGGAAGAUGCUGACACUUCCUCCAUUGAUAGUGAAGAAGAAGAAACUCCUAAACGUCGAAAAAGGACUUCCAAAAGACGACGCAAAGCCUCCUUGAAGUCAAUGGAUAUGUUGGAUGAAAAGGAACAGGAAACGUUCAAUAUCAUUGAAGUUCAAGAUAAAAUGAUUUGCUGUGGAUGCUACCUGCUUUUCGACAAUGAAGCGGAAUUGAAACUACACGGAAAAACUGUUCACGAAGAGACCAAAAGAAGAAAUAAUCCCGUAAAUCACAGCAAAAACGUCGUUUGCAAGAUUUGCUACAAACGAUUCGAACGUGAUUCGCAACGCCAAGGACACCGCGAACGAUAUGAAAGUAUCGAAAGAGUGUACGAAUGCAAAAAAUGUAACAAACAUAUUGUAAACUCUGGAAGCAGAUACAAACAUGCACACAACCACCCAGAAUGGAACGUUGCAACUCCAAGAAUGUAUCUAGUCCCGAUGUCCCGUCUGGAAAAAUAUGGAUAUCUGUGUUGUGUUCGAAACUGUACAUCGUCUCAUACGUCGGAAGAUUCGCUCCUUGAACACAUCAAGAAAGACCAUAAUUUGAACAGAAAUGAUCGAGCUCUCAGCCCUUCUGGUGACUUACAAUGUCCUUUUUGUCUCCGGUUUUUUGAAUCGAAAGCAAAGCUAGCCGGCCAUUACAUUAAUCGAUACGGUUCAGUUUCUUACCAGAGAGAGUACCAAUGCCAUGAAUGUGGAAAAGUUUACAGCUCACUGUCGUUACUGAGGGCUCAUGAAAACAAGCACGCAGAGGUAAAGCCUCACGAAUGCGAUGUUUGCUUUAAAAGGUUUUAUAGUGAAGCUGUUUUGAAACAACACAAGCUAAUACACACACAGUCGAAAACACUGGCAUGUUCGAUAUGCGGUAUGACGUUCCGGACGAAAAUGUUCCUUGUUAAUCACUAUCGAGUACAUAGUGAUGACAAACCGUUUGUAUGCGACGUUUGCCAUAAGCCCUUCAGGCACUCUUCAUCGCUGUUUACUCACAAGAAGAUUCAUAAUCCCAACAUGCAGUACAAGUGUUCAGAAUGUGGAAAAGGAUUCACGGAUACGGCAAACUUGAAACGUCACAUGGUAUCGCAUACGGGAAUUAAACCCUACCAGUGUAAUUUCUGUGACAAACGAUUUAUGCGAUUGACGGAAAGAUCUGAACAUGAAAGCACAGUUCAUUUGGGUGUUAUGCCGUACGCCUGUGAAGUAUGCGGAAAACAAUUUUCGGCCAAGCGAACGUUCCAAAAACAUCAACAAGCAUGCGGCUUACAACUCUUCUGAUCUAUUUAACUUGACAACAAGUUUCAAUUUAAACUGUUUGAUGCAAAUAUAUGCUCUUAAUU